AUGUCGCGGCUGCACGCUCUGGGCUCUGGCGUUGGAGGGAAAAAGCCGUCCUAUUUAAGCACGCCCGGCCGCCGCACUCUGACCGCCCCGCUCACACACACUCGCUCCCUCUCUCUCUCUCGCUCGCUAGCUCUCGGUGCCAGACAAGCGAGUGACGCGGCUCAUCAUACCGAGGGAGGCCGUUGCUGCUGCUGCACCAUGGAGACAGCGCAGGAAAGAGAGCUGCUGCAGCUGCAGCUGCAGGGGUGGCCUUUCCACGCCAUGCCGCCCAGCUUCGACGCCGGCAACGGCGCCUACAGCGGCAGCGGCAGCAGCAGCAUGAGCAGCGACGUCGGCGGCGGCGACUCCUUCCUGCUCGGGUGGGAGCAGCCGUUCGGCGGCUGCUUCGGCCUCGCCGACGCGCAACUCCACGACCUCUUCCCCCUCUGCAUGAUGGAGCCGCUCGCGUUGUCGCCGGCCGCGACGUCCACGGCGGCGGACCUCCCGUCGGAGCAGCAGGUCCCGGCGCCGGCGGCAAUGCCCAACGGGGAGCUCGGCGACCUCCUGCUGAAUUUCUGGGACGCCGGUGAUGCGAGAGAGCGGCCGGUCGCAAUCAAUUCGGGCUGCGUGCCACCGCAGCACGAGAAGAGCAGCCAGAGCAGCGCUGCCACGGCCACGAACUCUUUCCUCUAUGAUGAGGACGAUCUUUUGGGCUCCAUUUUCUCCAAGAGGCCCACCCUGGCAGAAGAACCACCCGUGCUCUUCCUCGCCCCGGCGGAGGCGGAGCCCCUCCCCAGCACCUCCUCCUCCUCCAGCUGCCACGCGGACCCACAUGCCAGCGACGCCGGCGGGGCCCGGGCUCAGGACACCACCACCAAGCCAAGUGGCGCGCGGGCCCCGCCUCUCCCUCGCUGCUCCUCCUCGUCGUUGAAACGGGCGACACCAGAAGCAUCGGAGUCGGCGGAGGCGGAGUGCAGCCAGAGCGGCGGCAAGCGGCGGAAGGUGUCGGCGAGCGUGCUGUGCCCGUUCGCCGUGCUGAAGCCCGACGGGCUGGACGGCGGCGCGACGCUGGCGGACAUCAACGCGCGCAUCCUCAUGCGGCCGGCGCGGCCCGUGCGGCACCCCGUCGGCGAGUACGCGUGCGCGCCGCGCGUGCUGGCGGCCGACGCGCCGGGCAUCUCCGGCAGGGCCGUCUCGGGGUUCACGAGGCUGCACACCCCCGGCCGCGGCACCAUUACCAUCAUGAGGACGCGAGGCUAA